UGAUGGAGAGAAUAUAGAUAUUUAUCGAAUCCUCGAUUAUGAGCACUGACUUAACAUUGUCACUCCGGUGCCCGGUCUGCUCUCGAGCGUUCGGAAGGCAAGCCCACCUGGAGAGGCAUGCGUUGACUCAUAGUACCGAUUAUCCUUUUUCAUGUCCUUUUUGCGAUUCCAAGUACAAACGCAGUGAUGCCUUACGCCGCCAUUGGAAGACAUGUAAUGCUCGUUUAGCAUUGGGCUCGCAAAUCCCAGAGCGGACCCUGUCAGGCAAACGCAAGCAAGCGUGCGAUCGAUGUGCAGAUCGGAAACGUGCCUGUAGCCAAGGUCAACCCUGUACAGGAUGCCUCCAAUACGAGGCCGAGUGUACAUAUCAACGCGUGAAAAAACCAAGGAUAACACGAGACUCUAACAGCAGCAUUGGCCCUAUCAGACAGGACAGAUUCGAUGCCAGCAAAGAAACGUCCAAGGCUGUUCAUCGGUUUGAUUUCCUCCGGAAUUUCACGCAUGCGAGUGGAAUCAACCAGGCAUAUAACUACAAACGAUGCUUGGUGAGCGAACCAGAACUCCCUCCAGAACAAACAUGUGUUUCCAAUCCAUGGGGGUUCCUCUUUGAUGACAUCGAGGCAAUAUUGGCCGAUGAUCAGCUAAAUACCGACCUGGCUUUUCCCGACUGUCUCUUUGCGGAAGAUCCUGUUCAUCUCAAAGCUAGGGAGAUCUGGGAUACUUUUCGCCCCUUUAUCGAAAGAAAUCCUACUCCUACUGUGUUGAUGACUGACAUCGUUGAGUUCUUCUCCCCAGAAAACCUGGUCAGCUCUCUCGACCUCUUCUGGGACCGUUGGUAUCCACAUUGUCCGAUAAUUCAUCAGCCAACAUUUGAGAUCAGCCAUUGUCCAGUCCUUCUCUUGUCUACCAUGGUGUUGAUUGGUGCAUGCACCUCACCGAGCUUAUCAUAUCGUAAUGAGACCACCGGCACGAGUAUUGACGAACAAUCAGAUGGCCAAAAGGUCAGCGUGCUACAAGCAACUUAUUUCAUGUGUAUCAUGCAGAAAUGGGACGGAAAUGAUGCAGCUAAAUUACGUAUCCAGCGAAAUCGUUUCACGGCCUUUGUCGCAGCGACAAGAGCAAUGGGACUUGCGAGAGCCACGCAUAGGAAUUUCUCCAUCACUUCUGACUUUGGGACUGAUCAAUGGCAUAGAUACAUCGAGAAUGAGGGGAUGAUCAGCUGAACAUUUAACUACGUGUUCCUCCUGGACUGCGCAUUUGUCAUUUUCCAUAACUCGGUA